UAAAGGAGCUUCUUCUACAGAGCUGCUGGAGGGCUAUUUACCCACCAGGGGGUUCUCAGUAAAAAAUCAGGGCUUCAGCUUCCAAAAUUGGCGCUGAAUUUAAAUUUUUCCACAAAAGAAGUUGCCUGAAGGAAGCAUGGCGAUCAGAGGGGCGCUCGCUCUGCAGAAAAGGCAAGUCCUGAUUCUCUUUGUUUUGCUGGGAUUGUCUCAGGCGGGUCUUGAAUCUGUGAGCUAUUCUGUGGCAGAGGAAACAGAAGUUGGCUCUUUUGUGGCCAAUCUGGCAAAAGAUCUGGGGCUUGGGGUGGAGGAGCUGUCCUCAAGGGAAGCCCGGGUAGUGUCUGAGGAUAAUAAAAAGCAUUUGCACCUCGAUUUGCUGACUGGGGAUUUGGUCCUAAAUGAGAAACUGGACCGAGAAGAGCUGUGUGGCUCCACCGAGCCCUGUGUGCUGCAUUUUCAGGUGGUAUUGGAAAACCCUUUACAGUUUUUUCGGGCUGAGCUGCAUGUCAAAGAUAUAAAUGAUCACUCCCCUGCAUUCCUGGACAAGGAAAUACUUAUUAAAAUAUCAGAAAGUACCACUAUCGGAACCACAUUCCUAAUGGAGAGUGCCCAAGAUUUGGACAUAGGAAGCAAUAGUCUCCAAAACUACACAGUUAGCCCCAAUUCUCACUUCUACAUUAAAGUUCGAGACAGCAGUGAUGGAAAAAUAUACCCAGAACUGGUCCUGGACAGAGCGUUGGAUCACGAGGAUAAGCUGGAGCUCAGAUUAACACUCACAGCACUGGAUGGUGGAUCCCCACCCAGGACUGGGACAACUUUGGUUCUCAUCAAGGUCUUGGACGUCAAUGACAACGCCCCUGAAUUUCCUCAGAGGCUCUAUGAGGUGCAGGUCCUGGAGGACACACCCGUUGGCUCCUGGAUUAUCACCAUCUCUGCUAAGGAUUUGGAUGCAGGAAAUUAUGGGGAAAUAUCUUACACAUUGUUGCAUGCAUCAGAAGAUAUUCGUAAAACAUUUGAAAUCAAUCCAAUAUCUGGGGAAGUACAUUUGAGAUCACGCCUGGAUUUUGAAGUAAUACAGUCAUACACUAUAAAUAUUCAGGCAACAGAUGGCGGGGGUCUUUCAGAAGAAUGCACCCUUCUGGUUAAAGUAAUAGAUAUAAAUGACAAUCCACCAGAAGUGACCAUGUCGUCAAUUACAAAGAUAAUUCCAGAGAACUCCUCAGAGACCCUUGUCGCUCUUUUUAGUGUCCGAGAUCAAGACGCUGGGGACAACGGGAGGAUAGUUUGCUCUAUUCAAGAUGACCUCCCCUUUUUCCUGAAACCAACCUUCAAGAACUUUUUUACUCUGGUUUCUGAAAAAGCACUGGACAGAGAGAUGAGAGCCGAGUACAACAUCACCAUCACUGUCACCGACUCGGGGACACCCAGGCUGAAAACAGAGCACAGCAUAACCGUGCUGGUCUCCGACGUCAAUGACAACGCCCCCGCCUUCACCCAAACCUCCUACACCCUGCGGGUCCGCGAGAACAACAGCCCCGCCCUGCACAUCGGCAGCGUCAGCGCCACAGACGCAGACGCAGGCGCCAACGCCCAGGUCACCUACUCGCUGCUGCCGCCCCACGACCCGCACCUGCCCCUCGCCUCCCUCGUGUCCAUCAACGCGGACAACGGGCACCUGUUCGCCCUGAGGUCCCUGGACUACGAGGCCCUGCAGGCCUUCGAGUUCGGCGUGGGCGCCACAGACCGAGGCUCGCCGGCGCGGAGCAGCCAGGCGCUGGUGCGCGUGCUGGUGCUGGACGACAACGACAACUCGCCCUUCGUGCUCUACCCGCUGCAGAACGGCUCGGCGCCCUGCACCGAGCUGGUGCCCAGGGCGGCCGAGGCGGGCUACUUGGUGAGCAAGGUGGUGGCGGUGGAUGGCGACUCGGGCCAGAACGCCUGGCUGUCGUACCAGCUGCUCAAGGCCACGGAGCCCGGGCUGUUCGGCGUGUGGGCGCACAACGGCGAGGUGCGCACGGCCAGGCCGCCGAGCGAGCGCGACGCGCCCAAGCACAGGCUGCUGGUGCUGGUCAAGGACAACGGCGAGCCGCCGCGCUCGGCCAGCGUCACGCUGCACGUGCUGCUGGUGGACGGCUUCUCGCAGCCCUACCUGCCGCUGCCGGAGGCGGCGGCCGAGCAGGCGCAGGCCGACCCGCUCACCGUCUACUUGGUCAUCGCCCUGGCCGCGGUGUCGUCGCUCUUCCUCUUCUCGGUGCUCGCGUUCAUCGCGGUGCGGCUGUGCGGGAGGAGCAGGGCCGCCUCGCUGGGUCGCUGCUCGGUGCCUGAGGGCCACUUUCCGGGCCACCUGGUGGACGUCAGCGGUACCGGGACCCUGUCCCAGAGCUACCAGUAUGAGGUGUGUCUGAGGGGAGGUACUGGGACAAAUGAGUUUAGAUUUCUGAAGCCGAUUAUCCCCAGUCUUCCAGUCCAUGAUACUGGUGGGAAUAUGGCAGGAAAUGAGAACUUUAGGAAUAGCUUUGGAUUCAACAGUCAAUAAAAUAAUUUAUUUUAAACUUCUUUAUUAUUCUUAGCAGAAAGCAUCUAGUUUUUGCCUAUCUGUAAUAGAUUUUAGGUUGCACUAUAGUUGCAUGUAUUAUCAUUUCUUACAGUCUCCUCACAGUUGCUUUAAAAAUCUUUUUUUAGUGGCUAUAAUGACAUGGAAAUAUAAUCUGUGCACUUUCUGUGUUUUUUUUUAUUUGGUCAAAAAUAUUA